CAUGCAGUGAGAAGCAGGAGAGGUUUUAAUUUUUCACCUGUACAGCCUGUUUCUGAGAAGAGGUAUGUACAUGUCCACGCAUGUACUCGUCUACAGAACGUUUUUAUUGAGAAGUGAUUGUGUUCUGGUUUUAAAACUUCUGUGUAAAGAAAUCUUCUAUUAAAAAGUAAUAGUGUUCUGGAUUUAAAUGAACAACUUUUGAAACUUAAGUGGAAAAUUACCAGCAAAGGAGCCGGGGAGAGGAAACGUGUCUCUGAGGCUGAGGAACAGCAACAGGUCAGAUUCUGGUCUGCACAUGAGUGAAGUCAUCCUCUAAGAACACAAGGAGGACGCUGCCCUGGACUCACCGCUCUGUGGAGACACGCACAAAAGCAGAACCAAAGACACUGUCAACAUGCCAAAGAGGACGAAAUCCAUGCUUGGUUUAACAUGAAAGCGGGGAGGACAAUCUGAAGAGGGUCUCAUCAGCUGAGUUAAAGUUGGAAAUCAAUACAGAGGAGAUUUAUAGACUUUCAGUGGCCAAACAAAUCUACCGAAGACAGGCGACUUGAGGAGAUGAGGAAGAAUAUAAACAGAAUAUAAUGGAGAAGGAUUCAAACCUAGAGGAGAUGAGUAAAGGAUUUAAGGACACUGACCGCAGACUGAUGAAAACCACAAAACAACUGUAUGGGAACAUCAAACAUCUUCAGAAGAAAGACACACAACUGGAUGAAAUGUCCCAACAAGUGAGAGAGACAGAGAGGAGACUGGAGAACCUUGUCAAGGAGGACAGGAACCACAGACUGGGAGAGAAAGACAAACUACUGGAAGAGAGAGAAGGUGAACUAAAGGAGAGGAGGCAGGAACUAGAAGAGAAAGAUAAACUACUAGAGAAGAGAGAGAAACAGUUAAAGAAAAGAGACAAACCAGUGGAGGACGUCAACAAGGAAAAUGUUAAACUGGAACAUGGAGACACUUCAGAUUUCUCAAAGCUCCCAAUCGAGAGAAAAAGCAGCAAAGACUGUGUUGGUCCUUAUAUGGGAGGAGAGAGCUGCAGUCCAGACUCCUCAGUGUCUCCCAGUGGGUCUGAGCUGAGACUGGUGCUUCUGGGGAGGACUGGUGCUGGGAGGAGGGCAGCAGGAAACACCAUCCUGGGCAGAGAGGUGUUUUGGGCCCAGGCCAGCCCCUCUGCAGUGACCCAGAGGAAUGUGAGAGGGGUGCUGGAGAGAAUGGAGGACAUGUUUGGGGUGGGGUUUGGGGACACACUUUGUCCGCCUACAGGUGGGAGUCCUGGUGCUGUCAGAAAAACUUGGAGCUCAACGCCCAAAAGACAGUGCCGUCUAUACAAGACCAGAACCACUCCAGGACGCAGAGGCAAGCAGCAAAGAUUGGGGCCGAUCCCACCCAGGAAAUCUCCCCUCUGGUAGAAGGUUGAGGUCCAUCAGGACCAAAACCUCUCGCCACAAGAGACAUUUCUUUCCUACAUCAUUAGCCCUCAUGAACACGUCCCUGGAGUCAAACUGACUAUAACCCCUCCCACAUACACACACAACCCUCAACUGGACCAAUCUAUAACCCCUCCCCACACGCACACAACCCUCAA